AUGGGGGCUAACAAGGAAAGAAAUGGGAAUAAUGCGGAAGAGCUGGAAAAACUACAAGGUGGGACAUCUGCAGCAAGCAGCGGGGGUCUGACUGGCCUUUUAGUAUUGAGUGUCUCUGCUGCUGUAUUCGGAUCAUUCCAGUUUGGCUUCCAGACUAGCGUCAUCAAUGCUCCACAGGCGGUUAUUGAGAGUUUCUAUAAUGCUACUAAUGUUGAGAGAACAGGUUCCCCUAUGGCGAGGAAUACACUCACGAUUCUUUGGAGCGUCACCGUCUCCAUCUUUGCCAUUGGUGGCAUGUUUGGGGGUGUCAUGGGUGGGUGGUGGUCUGAUUAUUUUGGCCGCAAGAAGGGAAUGCUGUUAACGAAUAUAGUCAUCGUCAUAGCGGCACUUCUGAUGGGUUUCAGCAAACUUGCAAAGUCAUACGAGAUGCUUAUCAUUGGACGAGUUAUCGUUGGUUUUGGAUGUGGUUUAUUUUCUGGUCUAACUCCCACAUAUUUAGUUGAGGUUGCCCCUAACAACCUGAGGGGAGCUAUAGGAACUGUGCACCAGUUGGGGGUUACUAUAGGGAUCUUGCUAUCCCAGGUGUUUGGAAUAGAGGAGAUCCUUGGCACUGAGAAUGGGUGGCAGUUCCUAGUAGCAAUACCAAUUGUCCCAGCCAUACUUCAGUUGAUCAUGCUGCCAUUCUGCCCAGAGAGCCCUAGGUAUCUUUUGAUCAGUAAAGAUGACGAGACGGCAGCCACAGAGGCCCUUGUAAGGUUACGUAAUACUCAUGACGUCAAGUCAGACAUUGAAGAGAUGAAGAAUGAACAGCUUGCUGAAGCCUCUGAAGCUAAGAUGGGUUUUGUAGCUUUCAUCAAGAGCCCCACUUUGAGACUUCCCCUGAUCAUUUGUAUUGUGAUGCAUCUCUCUCAGCAGUUGAGUGGAAUAAACAAUGUUUUCUACUACUCCACUGGACUGUUUGAAAGCAUGGGCAUAGCUCUGAGGACUGCCAAAUAUAUCAGCCUGUGUGUUGGAGGGAUUAUGGUUACUAUGACGAUUGUUUCUAUACCAUUGAUGGACAAGGCAGGACGUAGAACACUUCACCUUACUGGCUUGGCAGGAAUGUUGACUUUCAGCAUUUUAUUUACAGUGUUUUUCUCUACGAAGCAAUAUGUCGAUUGGUUCAAGUACAUUUCCAUUACAUGUGCUCUAAUCUUUGUGGUCUUCUUUGCUGUCGGGCCAGGCUCUAUACCAUGGAUGUUAGCACAGGAGUUGUUUUCCCAGGGUCCUCGGCCAGUUGCUGUAUCAAUUGGGGUUGUGAUCAAUUGGUUGGCAAACUUUGUAGUGGGACUCUCAUUCCCUCCUCUACAAGCGGGACUGAAAACAUUCAGCUUCGUACCAUUUUCAGUGAUUACUCUUCUGUGUUUCAUCUUCCUGUUCAUAUAUCUUCCUGAAACUAAAAAUAAGACAAUCGAGGAAAUAUCCGCUGGUUUCAAGAAACGCAAGGGGUAUACCGAUAGUAUAGAUAACAUUAUAACAGAAGGGAAUGGGACUCACAGUAGUACUACUUUAGAUACAAAACCAACUACCAGCAGAGAUGUGAAAAAAGAAGAUUAUACCCAGCUUUAGCAUCAAGAAUUUAAGACUGUCAGUUUCCUGUACAUUUUAUGUUGUACCAAAUUCCUUAUUGAAUUUGAAGAUUCAAGUGAUGUGUCUCCAAAAUUGUUGAAUUGAAGCGCUAUUUUUGUAUUUGUAUUGUAAUUUGUGUAGCUGUAAAAUGCACAAAACCGAGAUGCGAUUGUUGCAGUCAUUUGUUCCAUGUAGACGGGUGUUAUUAACACAGAGGGUUCAUUAACAUGUUAAUCAAUGGUUCAUUAACAUGUAUGUCAAUAGUUCAUUAACAUGUAUGUCAGUGGUACAUGUACGUGAAAACUGUUCAACAUAGUUUAACAGAUGCAAGAACUUGUAGAAUGGAGAAAAUGUUGAAUGUCCACAUUCAAGACUAGUCCUAUCUUAGCUUUUAUUCGCGAAUG